AUGUCGCUGAUCGACGUUGUCAGAUCCAGUCAAUGGAAAGUGUUGGUCGUGGAUGAACAUUCCAAGCGGCUCCUAGGCGCGAACCUCAAGGAGGCCGAUGUUCUCUCCGAGAGGGUUACAACGAUUGAUCUUAUAACCACCUACCGAGCUCCCGAACCAAAUAUGGAGGCCAUGUAUUUAAUCAUGCCGACAACCCAGAAUGUAGAUCGUGUCAUCCGGGACUUUACCGACAAACAAACGUAUGCCGGUGCCUGGCUUUUCUUCACGGACAGUAUGUUUCCAGCUUUGGUGUUCCAAGUCAAUCAUAACUUGUUCAACAGGGAUUACUGA